AUGGAGAAACCUGCGAAUAAUCCUUUCUCGCAGAUAGCCCCCGGAAUCUGCGAGCAACCAUUUGUGGCUGUUUUGCAAGAGAAGGUGUCGAUAUCGAGUAAGAAUAUAGCUGAGUUUAUGAUUAGCAAAUUUGCAGUAUGGAGUCUUGGUGGUUGA